AUGAACCGCUCCAUCACAGGCGCUUGGGCCAAUCAGCGCAACAGGAUAUCCUUGAACAGCCCGCUUCCUCCUUCGCCAUCCGCCGCUUCGCCUGCUUCCAAUAUACCCGUCCCACCUCCUCCUGGAUCUGCAGCCGCUGCCGCGCUAGCUAGACAGCAGCAAGCACAAGCUCAACAAAAUGGCGAAGGUGCGACGACGAGCAACGAUCCCGUAGACGUCAAAGCAGCAGGAGCGACAGGCUUCACGCCCAGGCCGCGGCAGCAUUCUCCUGAUCCUGCCUUGGUAGCAUCCACGUCCUCACCUGUCAAGCGCAAAUCGCGCUCUUCGCGCAUCGAUGGUAGUGGUGCUGUCGGUUCCUCUACGGGGUCGUCAUCCUCGAAACGGCCCAAAGGUCUCAUCUCCAAGCUAAUGAACGCUGCCGAAAAGUAUACCCCUCCUGCGACCCGUCUCGCUGAUCUCGGCGGCAUCUCACAUGCUAUCGAAAAGAUUUUGGAACUUAUUGCAAUGCCUCUGUGUCAUCCAGAGAUCUACGCUCACACUGGCGUCAAGCCACCUCGAGGUGUUCUGCUGCAUGGUCCACCUGGAUGUGGUAAGACCAUGCUGGCUGGCGCGGUCGCAGGCGAGCUCGGCGUGCCCUUUCUUUCGAUCUCGGCUCCCUCAGUCGUUUCUGGCACAUCGGGAGAGUCGGAAAAGACCAUCCGAGACACGUUUGAUGAGGCUGCUUCGAUUGCUCCAUGCAUCCUCUUUAUCGACGAGAUCGAUGCCAUCACGCCGAAACGAGAGACAGCACAGCGAGAGAUGGAACGACGUAUCGUUGCCCAGCUUCUCACUUCUCUCGAUGACCUCAGCUGGGAGAAGACCGAUGGAAAGCCAGUUAUGAUUAUUGGCGCCACCAACCGACCGGAUAGCCUCGACCCGGCUCUCAGGCGAGCUGGUCGAUUCGAUCACGAGAUCGCCAUGGGUGUUCCCGAUGAGGAUGGACGCGAACAGAUCCUGCGUGUACUCGCACAAAAGCUUCGUCUCGCUGGCGACUUUGAUUUUCGCGCGUUAGCCAAAUCUACACCAGGAUACGUCGGUGCCGAUCUCACUGCUUUGACAUCAGCAGCGGGCAUUAUCGCGGUGAAGCGCAUCUUUCAGCAGCUCAGCGAAUCCGACUCGCUGCCCUCGAGCCUAUCUGCGGCACGCAUCUCGCAGGCUAUCGGCUUGAACACCAGCGACGGCCAACAAGAUGCUGCGGCGUCAGGCGAAGCCGAUGUUGAGAUGGGUGACUCCGGCGACUCCAAUUUUCCGCCUGCUAGUGCCAGCCAGGCCGCCUCCGAUGCUGUCCAGGACAUUCCAGACUCAGAAAUCGUCGUGCGCUCGACUGCCAUCGAUACUCCGGGUUCUUCCAAGGGCGCUGUUACUCCUGCCACUGCUGAUGAAGACGGCACACUAACAUCAGUGCCAACAGUAGCUGCGUCUUCCAACGUCCGCCCAUCCGCCACUUUCUUCGAUGCACUUCCCGAGCACAUUCGCGAUUCAUCUAUUGCUUCCUUCCUCAAGAAUCAUCCAUCGCCUCUCACAGAGGCGCAGCUGGCGCCGCUCGCAAUCACCAACGCCGACUUCCUGGUGGCUCUUCCGUCUGUUCAGCCCUCGUCUAAAAGAGAAGGCUUUGCCACGGUGCCAGACGUAUCGUGGGCGGACGUGGGAGCUCUGCAUUCGACGCGCGAUGAGCUUUCUAUGGCGAUCGUCGAGCCAAUCAAGCGACCCGAGCUUUUCCGCUCCGUUGGUGUCUCUGCCUCCUCCGGCGUGCUUCUCUGGGGUCCACCCGGGUGCGGUAAGACGCUUCUCGCCAAAGCGGUUGCCAACGAGUCUCGUGCCAACUUUAUCUCCGUCAAGGGACCUGAGUUGCUCAACAAGUACGUCGGUGAAUCCGAGAAAGCGGUACGUCAAGUGUUUGCGCGUGCACGAACCUCCUCGCCGUGUGUGAUCUUCUUCGAUGAGCUCGACGCUCUCGUACCACGGAGGGACGAUUCUCUGUCCGAAAGUUCAAGCAGAGUAGUCAACACGCUACUCACGGAGCUCGAUGGCCUGGAGUCGCGCGUUCAGACAUACGUCAUCGCCGCCACGAAUCGGCCGGACAUGAUCGAUCCCGCCAUGUGCCGUCCCGGGCGUCUGGACAAGCUGCUGUAUGUCGACUUGCCUAAGCCUGAUGAGCGCUACGAGAUUCUCAAGACCAUCACCAGCAAGACGCCGCUGAGCGACGAGGUGAACCUGCAGACGAUUGCGUGCGACGACAAGCUAGAGGGAUUCUCUGGAGCCGAUUUGGCUGCACUGGUUCGCGAAGCGGCUGUGUUGGCGCUUCGCGAGACAAUUCUGUUCCAUAAUUCUCAGCCUGGUACGGUGGCAUCUCAGGCCAAGAAGAGCAACAAGGGCGAGCAUGAGCGUGUCAAGGUCACGGUCAUGCAUUCGCACUUUGUGGCAGCGCUAUCCAAGAUUCAGCCCUCGGUAUCUGCUCAGCAGCGACGAAAGUAUCUGUCGUUGAGAAUGAAACUGCAAGGAUCCGUGCCGAUCGACGCAGCCUCGGGCGGCAACGGUCGCCGCGCUCGGUUCGACGCUGAUGCCGAUGAUCCCAACACUGCUACGCCUGCUGCUUGA